UAUCAAAAUAAAAAUACGAAGAAAAAAUACGAAAUACACCAAAUAGAGAUAUAAUUGAAUUCAAAUCAAAAUACUAAAGCCAAAUUUACCAAUAGCUAUAUAACAAUUGUUCCAAAAGUGCAAAAGAAAGGGUGCAACUUGUCAGAAAAAUUAAGAAGAAACUAAGAGAACAAUGACUGCAAAUUCAGUCGUCGUUGUUUUCAAAAACUUUUUAUAUGUAACUUUUUUGUUUUUAUUUAUCGCUUUGAGCUUCUUUUCUCGCGUCUUGUUUGUGUAAUUUUACACUAGCAACAUAACAAAGAACAAAAUAAUGAUCACAACAUUGUUCUAGCAGUAGUAGUUAAACUAACACGUAGUUGCACCAAUUAUUGUUAUAGUUUAGGAAAAAUUUGGUGGAGGCGAUACGAAAUCAUGUCGGCAACUUUAUAUCCUGGCCGUGGACGCGGAUUACCAAACAAUCCGUAUGUCGAGUUUCCACCGACUCCACAGUCUCGCGGGUUCCCACCACCACACAUGUCAGAUGACUUUAUUUCUGGUUUCAUGGAGGAUGGACGAAUGUCGGUCGUUCGCCGUUUCUUCUGUCUUUUUGUCACAUUUGAUCUCGUUUUCAUCACACUGCUGUGGCUAAUUUCGAUUAUGAUCACGGGUGAUAACAUCAGGAACGCCUUUGAGAAUCAAAUUGUCCACUAUUCAAUUUAUACCUCGCUAUUCGACAUUGUCAUGGCCGCCGUUUGUCGAUUUACGGUGCUUUUACUAUUUUAUGCUUUGAUUUAUAUGAAUCAUUGGAUCAUAAUUGCACUGUCAACUAGUGGCUCUUGUGCAUUUUUAAUUUCAAAAGUAUUUGUCUAUGAUUGGACAAAAAAUCAAGAACCCGUCUUUCAAGUCCUUUUAGUAUUAGUGUCGUUCAUUUUGGCAUGGGGUGAAGCCUGGUUUUUAGACUGCCGUGUUAUUCCACAAGAGAAUUAUGCACGAACUUAUUGGCCUGGCAAUCCUUCAAUUAAUCAACAAGCGUCUAUGUUGAAUCCGUUCUUACAAACACUCACGAACUCACUACAUCCGGAGAGUGUCGCUAACUUUUAUUCCCCUUUCGAGUCCAUCCACAAUAGUGACGAUGAAGAUGAUAAGGAAGAAGAAUACAAAGAGAUGGGUGUAGAAUGUGUCAAAAAGGCAUAUAACUUGCUGGAAGAAUCGACAGAGUGGAAAGUGGAGAAAGUUACAAAUAAAGGAGAUACAAUCAAAAGUACUCACAAAGAUCGCGUCGGAAAAAUAUUCAAACUAACGGGAACAGUCAAUUAUCCAGCAAAGCUGUUGCUAAAAGAGCUAUUUUAUAAUAUUGAGCACGUACCUACAUGGAACCCCACACUUUUGGAGUCGAAAAUAGUUAGAAAAAUCGACAACCACACGGACAUUUCGUACCAAGCAACAACGGCAUCCGGUGGAGGCAUGGUUAAAUCUCGCGACUUUAUCAAUCUUCGAUGCUGGCAAUUGUUUCAAGAUGGAAAAAUUUUGGAAAAUUACGAUGUAGAUACCGACACGCUUUGUCGUCUCGAAACGGAAGAGGAAAAAUUAGAGAGAACGGCUCCUCAGAAGCUCGCCACAUCCCUUAAACUGGAAUCCGAGCAUUUGCGACCGGAUCGCGAUGCGUUCGUCACUCUUAGUAAAAGUCUGGGAGCAAAGAAUUUUGGUUUUGAUAGUGAGGGAUUCGCUGAUGCCUCCAACGAGAUCCCAAAUGCACCACAAAGUGAUGACGAGGAUUCGUGGCAAGAGAAAGUUUAUGUGAGUGCUGCCGUUAGCAUUGAUUAUCCAAGUGUUGCGAUGAACACAAAAUACAUUCGUGCUCAAAACAUCAUUUCGUGCUGGGCUUUCCGUGAGAUUCGCAAUAAGCCAAAUACUUGUAUCUUUGAAUGGUUACUGUGUCUCGAUCUCAAAGGAUACAUACCGAAAUAUGUGUUAGAUCAAUCGUAUACCACUUUCAUGCAAGAUUACAUGACACACUUGAGGAAACACGUGAGGGAGCUGACAGCCCAAGGUUCUGUGGAAUCAAUUGUGGAAGAGCAAGAAGCUUCACGUUCGUAAAGUGCCUGAAAAAAAUUACCACAGCCGUGAUUUAAUUGACAAUUUUUAUUGAAUUUGGAUUUUAUUUUCAUAAAUUGGCAUGAAAAAUACUAAAAUUUACCAUAAACUUAAUAUAACCACGAACAUUUUUAUUUAGAAAAUUGUUUAUUGAAUUUGUUUUGAAAAAAAAGAUGUAUCAUUUAUUUUGUACUAAAAACUUUCAA